CAGUUGUAUGGGUGACAGUUCUAAUUCUAAGGAGUAUUAUUUUGUCAACUGUUAUUUUUAGAAAAAAACUUCAAAGAUUAUGGAGUGUCAUUUGCAUCUACCUCUUCCAACUUGAAGUAUACACCGGUAACUACAUUUUUAUAAAGUUACUUGAACCAAAAUCCUGGCUACUACUAUGACUGAAACUCAAGAAUCUGAUUCCCAAAGUUACUCUAAAUUAUCGCAGCUAUACACAGCUUUACGUGAGCACCUCGAUGACAGAUAUAUUAAUGAAAUUCUCAACCGACAAGGCGACAUAAAUUAUCAAAUACCUAUCAAUAAAACUCGCCUACCAAGCUCUGCCGGUUGCACAGCUUUAUUUUUUGCACUUCAGAAACGCAAUGUCAAGACUUUCAACUUACUUCUCAACCGCGGGGCUGAUUUCACGAUAAAGAACAAUGAGGGAUCAACAGUCCUCCAUCAAAUCAUCGAAGAAAAACACAAGAAAUACACGAAUAAUUGGAAAUCGAAAGGCAAAAUCGAAGACUGCUUCAUCGACUCUAUAUUAUCAUUCCACGUUCAAUUUAAAAUCCACGACAAUCCAUGCAACAGCCACGGCAUAUCGCAUUUUCAUGCAGCUUGCAUGACCAACAACGCGCGAGCCGUGAAAUUUUUCUUGAGCAACGGCGUGUCAGUCAACCAAACUGUAGACGCCAACUCACCGGUGUUUCCCGGCUACACGGCAUUACACUUUGCCAGUCGAUUUUGUGCGCUAAAAGCCGCCGAAAUCUUGCUGGAGAACGGUGCGAGCGUACACGUCAAAGACUCGAGUGGCAUGACAGCGCUGCACUUGCUGCUGGAGCGCAACGUGCGAAUAAUGCAGUUGAACGUGGAGAAACGCGGAGCACACGCCAACCUAUUAGCGGACGUGGGUAUAAACGAGAAGAUAAUCAGUCUGCUGCUGGAAAACGACGCGACGCCCGACAAUUGGCAAACUCUCGGCUUAACGAAAUUGCACGUGGCUUGCGGGAUGGGAGACGCUGUGCUGGCAAAGCGUUUCCUCAAGCACGUGACUGACAUCGAUCGGCCGAUCGCGAUCGACUCGCCAGUCGCCCCGGGCUGUAGCGCGCUUCACUUGGCCGCUCUGUUCAGCAUCGACACUCUUAAACUACUGUUGAGCAGAGGAGCGAGUAUCAAAAUCGUGGAUGCUAAUGGUACAACGCCUCUCGACGUUUGCCUGGAAAAAUACGCAGUCGCCGAUAUUCACGCUAUUAUGGAAUGUCAAGCAGAUUGGGGCAACCUAUUAAUGUCGGACGGCAGAACGAAACUAAUGGAUCUGUUGCUCGCUAUGAGAAGUACGGUUGACUUCAACGCGUUUCUACGUAAUUUCGACAAUGUCGAUGCCGUGGUACCUGCUGACUCGCCACUGUGGCCAAAUUAUACGGCACUACAUCUAGCGAUAGCUCUUUACAAUAGAACUAAGAAUCUCUGCAAUAGGAGGACAUAUUUCCACGUGAUAAAGGAUUGUUUGAGCAGAGGUGCAGACGUGACUGCUAAGAACGUUCACGACUACACUGUCCUACACUUCGCUUUCAAACUCAAAGAUAUGGACAUUGUUAAUCUGCUGUUUCAGUAUCAUAAAUUGACUGUCAACCCCGUCGACGAGGAUGGCUGGUCUCACCUUCAUAUAGCUUGCGUCGCGAUGAACGAGACUGCAUUGGAGAAAUUACUUGCCAACGGUGCUGAUGUGAAAUCUCCAGUGAGGAGAAGUUUCAAGAUUCAAAAUUCUUAUAUUUCUCCGGGAUCGACUGCCUUACAUAUCGCAGUGGCUGUCGGCUGCUCGACUAUUCUCAAUUUUUUGUUAAAACAAGCUGCGGAUAUUUAUGCGAUGGAUGUCGAUGGAUUGACGCCGAUUCAUCGUUCACUCUUGAUGUCUAGCAAUCAGUCGUGUGUGGGAAGCAUGCUUCUGUCUGUUCCAAUUCUAAAGGAAUGCAUCGUCGAUGGUUUUGCUCAUUUGCACGUCGCUUGUUUUUUCAAUUGCUCGACUGCUGUAAAGAAGUUGCUUCAUCUUGGAGCUAAUGUUAAUGCAGUUAUCGUGAAUCCAGUGGCUUCCGAAUACCUUGGAUUGACUCCGUUACACAUUGCAGUGCACAAGCGACACUGGGAACUUGCAAAAUUACUCAUUCAACAUGGUGCUAACGUCACUAAUGACAUUCUGUUCGAUGCACUAAAAGACAAGUAUGGACCACAUCAAGAUCCCUUUAUCGCAAUCAUUAAACGCAACAAUGUGGCACUGAAGGAUUUCACUUUACUACACAUCGCUUGUAAGAAAGUCGACGUUAAGUUAGCCAAAAAGGCGCUUGACCACGGAGUAAGUGUCAAUGAGAGAACGAAAGAUGGAUGCACGGCUUUGCAUUUACUGAUGAUUGAAGCGAACGAAUUUAUGCACAAUCAUCGGCGUCAAAUCGACAUUGAUGCUAUUUUGAAAUUACUGCUAAAUAACGGGGCUGAUGUUUCACUGAAGAAUGACAGCAUGCAAACUCCGCUUCUUAUGGCUGAUAAAUUAUUUUACAUUUAUAUAGAUCAGCCAGCCGAUUCUCCGUGUGGAUCGCGUGUCAAUUUAAUGCUAAAAAGUAUAAAAGAUUUUAGUGUUAAUCCCGUUGAUGCUGAUGGAGUAUCUCACUUUCAUGUCGCUUGUAGCUGGAAUAAUUUCGACGUAGCCGAGGCAUUUUUGAAUUCUGGCAUCGUCGACGUCAAUCAAACGACCGACUACUUUGCCGAUCAAUAUGCCGGUUGCACUGCCUUACACUUAACUUUGAGUAGGCAAACGAAAAGCUUUACCGGCAUCUCUGCACAAUUAAAAACUGUCGAAAUGCUGUUGAAACACGGCGCUGAUGUGAAUGCCCAGGAUGCACGUGGUAAUAAUCCACUUCAUACUGCUGCCAAGUUCGGUCCACCGCGUGAAAUCCUCUUCGAAAUGAUUACUUGCGCUGGAGCGGACAUCAAUGCUAGGAAUAUAUAUGGCGAGACGCCGUUAGAAAUUUUACUGAAAUCAAAAGACGUGACAGCUGACGAAAUAGGCUUUUUCCUAACUCAUAGCUGCCACGUGAACGAUUUCAAUCCGGUCAGUCAGAAAGGUUACCUACCGAUAACAUUCUCCACACGUCAUCAUGAGACCAUGCAGAAGUUAGUUUUUGAAGCUAUGAUUAAUUCACCAAACAUUAAUGAAGUGGACGAUACUGGUUGUACUGCCAUACAUAAUGUCGUAUCUACUGGCUCACCUAUCAUCACUGAUGACGAUUAUACUGAGUUGAUUGAAAGACUUAUCAAACUUGGUUGUGAUAUAGAUUAUCAAAACAAAUUAGGUAAAACGGCUUUGCACAUUGCGGCACAGUUUCAAAACGACCGAGCGAUUUCGGGGCUACUGUCGGCAGGUGCGGAUAUAAAUGUGAUCGACAUGAAGGGUAAACCAGCUUUUGCAUACAGUUUGGAGCCUUGCAAAGCAUUUGACGAGUAUUCCGAAGGUCGCGACGAGAUAAUAAAAAGAACGUUCGCUGUUCACGUUCACAAACUACUACUAGGUAAACUCGACGUAAGUCCAAUCAAUAACAAUGUUCAAAUAUCUGUGAUGAAAAAGAAGUCCUUUGAUGCCGCUAUGAAUGAGCGCUUUUUCAAAGAAAUAGAAAAAAUAAAAGAUGUUAAGAUAGGUUCGCACUCGUUGUUUCUACACGAUUUCAUGUCCGAGACAGGCGCUGUGACUGUUUUUCCUUAUAUGACGUUUGUGGAACGUGAAGCUAUCAAGGAUUUCUUCGAGUCCAGUAGGACGAAUCUAACCAAUAGAUUUUGUGAAUUAGCAGAUCUUUUAAGGCUGCAAUAUAGAAAGGCUUUAGCGAGAUUUUCAUUAAUUGAAAAUUCCAAGGCUUCAUUGACUAGUCUUACAGGUAUUCCAUUUCCUGAUCCAUGUUCCGAGGCUAUUUUAGUAUUCUUGAAAAAUUCUGAGUUGAAGAAUUUAAUCGAGUCAAGCAUUUCAAAUAUUCAAAGAACAAAUAAUGAACGAUUACGUGGUUAAGUAAUUUUCAAAUGAAACAUAAUUGUUUUUACUUGGUUGAAAUUUUUAUUAUAGCAACUAAAUGUACUUGAUAGACAAUUAUAUUACUCAAAUUGAUGAGAUUAUAAAAAAGUGUAUUGGUGAAGUAUAUUUGUCAUAUACCAGUAUUGCUUCACAUAUAUAUAUUUAUACAAAGUAUAAAUCGCUUAUUUUAAUAACGUACGAAUAAAGCAUUCACAAAAUCAUUAUUUUUAAUGAAAUUGUUUCUAAAUUAAUUUAUUGUUUCUUAUAAACAGUACAAUUAUUGAAAGG